GCCCUUCAUUAUUUUAUUAUUAUUAUUAUAUAUAAAAAGUUUAUAAUAUAUAAAAAAAAGAAGAAGAAGAAAACCUUGAGGGAGGAUCUCACUUCAAUUCCAAUUCUAUCUGAUUUGCAGUGGUGAUUUGAUAAAAUGGGGGGUGGUUUUAGAGUGUUACAUCUAGUCAGGCCGUUUCUUUCGUUUUUGCCGGAAGUACAGAGUGCAGAUAGAAAGGUGCCUUUUAGAGAGAAGGUCAUAUACACUGUGAUCUCUCUUUUCAUCUUUUUGGUCUGCAGUCAGCUUCCGUUGUAUGGAAUACAUUCGACAACGGGUGCAGACCCUUUUUACUGGAUGCGUGUUAUCCUAGCGUCUAAUCGUGGAACCGUUAUGGAACUUGGUAUCACCCCCAUUGUGACUUCUGGGUUGGUUAUGCAGCUUUUAGCUGGGUCGAAAAUUAUUGAAGUUGACAACAAUGUCCGAGAGGAUCGUGCACUACUGAAUGGUGCUCAGAAGUUGCUCGGUAUCUUGAUUGCCGUUGGUGAGGCUGUUGCAUAUGUUCUAUCUGGAAUGUAUGGCAGUGUUGGUCAACUUGGUGUAGGAAAUGCGAUUCUUAUUAUCGUUCAGCUAUGUUUUGCCGGGAUUAUUGUGAUAUGUUUAGAUGAACUUCUCCAGAAGGGAUAUGGUCUAGGCUCUGGAAUUUCAUUGUUCAUAGCUACCAAUAUCUGUGAAAGCAUUAUCUGGAAAGCUUUUAGUCCUACAACUAUCAACAGUGGGCGUGGGGCUGAGUUUGAGGGUGCGGUUAUUGCAUUGUUCCAUCUUCUUAUCACCAGGUCGGAUAAAGUGAGAGCUCUCCGGGAAGCUUUCUAUCGGCAAAAUCUACCCAAUGUGACUAAUUUGCUUGCUACGGUUUUGAUCUUCCUCAUUGUUAUCUACUUCCAAGGAUUCCGUGUUGUUUUACCCGUGAGAUCAAAGAAUGCUCGUGGGCAGCAAGGCUCUUACCCAAUCAAGCUGUUCUACACUUCGAACAUGCCUAUUAUCCUUCAGUCUGCACUUGUAUCCAACCUUUAUUUCAUUUCUCAGUUGCUGCACAGAAAGUAUAGCGGAAAUUUCUUGGUCAACUUAUUGGGAAAGUGGCAGGAGUCUGAAUACUCGAAACAAUCAGUCCCAGUUGGCGGCCUUGCAUACUAUGUUACUGCUCCAUCGAGCUUAGCAGACAUGGCUGCCAAUCCCUUCCAUGCUCUUUUCUACCUGGUCUUCAUGCUAACAGCAUGUGCCCUGUUUUCCAAAACUUGGAUUGAAGUUUCUGGUUCUUCUGCUAGAGAUGUCGCCAAGCAACUUAAGGAACAACAAAUGGUUAUGCCUGGGCACCGAGACUCAAACCUUCAGAAGGAACUGAACCGUUAUAUCCCAACAGCGGCUGCAUUCGGAGGAAUGUGCAUUGGUGCAUUGACGGUUCUGGCAGACUUCAUGGGAGCCAUCGGUUCCGGUACUGGAAUAUUGCUAGCAGUCACAAUCAUAUAUCAGUACUUUGAGACAUUCGAGAAGGAGAAGGCUAGUGAACUAGGUUUGUUUGGGUUCUAAGUCCUACUUGUUACUUUCUGUUAGAGAACCAGUUUAGCGUGUAGUUGAGCUUGUAGGGAGAAAAUGUGUCUUAUGGCAGUUAACAGUUUGAACCUAAACUUGCAUCUAGUGUUUUUCUUUUAUAUACUAAAAGAGUUUCCCUUCUUA